UACGUGCGCGCGGCGCCGGGGAAAUGCAGAGCGAGCCAAGCAGAGCACUACCGUAAUAGGCACAAGCCACCACGCGCACAGGCAAGCCGCUUGAAAAAACACACCAGCCACUUACUGCAAGGAGCGCUUUGUAACUUCACCACUAACGAGGCCAAAGGCUAAAAUGGGAGGCAAGCUCAGCAAAAAGAAGAAGGGAUACAAUGUAAACGACGAGAAGGCCAAAGACAAGGACGCCAAGGCGGAGGGCGCCUCGGCCGAGGAGAGCGAAGCCCCCAAAGACGCCAAGGACGAAGCCCCCGUCGCCACGGAGAACGCCGAGGUAGCGAACGACACCGCCGCCAAGGAGGCGCCCGCGGCGACGGACGCCACGGGUACCAAGGAAGAGGACAAGAACGCCGCCCCCGCCGCCGCCGCCGCCACCAAGGAACCGGAGAAGCCCACGGCCAACGCCGAGGCCAAAGCGGAGGCGCCCAAGACCGCCGAGCCGAAAGCCGAGGAGAAACCAGCCGCACCGGCCCCCGCUAAAGAGGCAGCCCCCGCCCCCGCUGCUAAAGAACCAGAGGUGAAGGCCCAGGCCCCCGCUCCGCCCGCGGCCCAGGCUGAGAGCAAAGGCGAGGCCGACGCCCAAAAGACUGAGGCCCCCGUGGCUCCAGCAGCCAAAACCGAGGCGGCCCCUACCGCUGCCUCCCCCGAGCCCAAGCCAACAGAGGCAGCCCCUGCCCCAGCCAAGGAGGCCGCUGCCGCCGCCCCAGUGAAGGAGGCCCCAGCCCCAGCCCCUAGUUCAACAGCAGCCGCAGAGCUAGCCGCACCAGUCAAGGAAGCAAAUGCCACAGAGGCCCCAGUUCCAAGCAAGGAUCAAACCGUAGCAGUUCAAGAUUAAUGGACAGCUUCUUUUAUGAUUCAAAAAAAUAAAUAAUAAUGUACCUAACAACAACAACAACAACAACAGCAAAGUAAAAAGAGAUAAAAAAUUGGAAAUGAAAUAGCCCACCCAUAUUAAGAUAAUGAUAAUAAUUGUAAUGAUGAUGAUCCUGGUGAUAAGUUUUAGAGAUGGAUUGUGACAACAACAUUGAGAAGGAUUCCGCUGCUGCUGAGAGAUGAUUAUAUUAUUACUAUUAUUAUUGUUAGUUAUUCUAUUUUUUUCUUCUGUAGUAUUUGAACUUUGAUACAAGUCUGUGUCAACCAUACCCCACCCACUUCAUCCCACAUCCAUCGUCCCUCACGCAUUUAUAGGAUUCAGCCUGACUCCAUCUCAGGCACAGGCAGCCCUCUGUCUUUACGACUCUGGGGCCAAACACCGUUACAUUUCCCUGGGUGAUCUGUGCUACGGAUGUCUGAAAAAUGAAACUGGGGUUAAAAAAAAAAAAAAAAAAUAUGAAAGGGGGCUAGAAUCUCUUUACCAGCUGGACAUAC